UUUUUCUUUCCCCUGUUUUUAUCCCUUUACCUCUUCUCUUGUAUAACCAUUUUCUUGUUCCUGGAACAGGGAGUUCUUCUGAAGAAUGGUGAUUCUUAAGAUGUUCUGUUCAUGUCUGCCCACGGAAUGGGUCAAGGUUUAGGGAACAGGCCAAAAGAACCGAGGGAGAAUCCAAUAGAAUACAGAGGGAUUGUGUUGUUCUUGAUUUUGAUGGAAAUGGCGUCUUCGGAGGUGGAAAUGGCGCCGUCUCAGACAUUCAGUUGCCUCCUCAGAGAUCGUAGCCGCCACGAGAAAUGCAUCCGAGAAGAUGACAGCAAUAAUGUCCGAACCGUACAGACCGUGUUCGAGAAGAAUCUCAAAGUUUUUGUCAGAGAUCAUCUCGACAGAGAAGCUAUGGAAUAUUCCUCCAGAUCCCCUGUCUCCGAUCGCAAGCAGACACGAGAAUCUCAGAUUCUUCAGCAGGUUUCUUCGAAUUCUCUGUCGCCAUCCCCUUCUGUUUCGAUUUCGAAGCAGUUCUGCGAUCCGGGUCAACCCGAGAACCCGUCAAGAAACGAAGUCUUGGGCGCUUCUUCCCUGGUUCAGAUAUGGGAGGCAAGAUUGCAGCAUCCGAAUUCAGGCCAAAGUCAAGCCCUGACCGAUAGCAGGACGACGUCCGGAUUGAGCCAAACCGAGAAUUCUAAUUCUUGUUCUGAAUCUCUCAAUGAGGAAAUCGUUGACGAAUCCGACGGAAUUCAACUGCUUGACGAAGGAAACAAUAGGGCAGAAUCGGAUUCCGGUUCACAAUCUGAAAAAAACUGGGUUUCGGAUUUGGGAGAGAAGGAGAGGGAAAGGGUCAGAGUCCUCGAUAUUAUCCGGAAACUGAGCAUCGAAUCUGAGACAAACAACGACAAUGGCUCGUUGGCCAACAAUGACAGCGUAGGGACAAGCAAUAAAGAGGUGCAGACAAUGGAACAGAGAAGCUUUCCGCAGGUUGCUUGCGGUCCAAGGAUCAGAGGGCGACAAGCUUAUGAAGACUUGUUGAUGUACAUAGUGCGUGACCGGCAGAAAGAGCUCGCAUGGCUCCUCGACCGAAACGCCGUUUCAAAGUUCACGUUUCGUGGCCGCCUUCAGACAAUGCUCAAGAUCAGGUGUUUGGAAAGGUGCCUUGCGAUUCAAGACAGACAUCGAUCUAAAUCAGCGGCACCUGACGUAACCCGAUCCCAACGAGGGCUCGUCUUGGUAAAUCUGAGAGACAAAUUCAAGACAGAGCCUGAGAACAGUAGGGUAGCCAAUGUGGUCGAAGCAAGAAGCCCAUCUGGUUCGGUCUCCUCCUCUAGGAUGAAUGAAGGAGGAGGCCAUUAUACAGAAGCUUCUACUUCUAGAUUCAAAGUAUGUUCGGCCGAGGAAACUGAAGAGAAAAACGUAUUACCCGAAACAACCGGUAAGAGCAAUUCAUGGGAAAGAUCCAAGAAAGCUGAGAACAGUCGUGUGGAUUCCAGAAGUUCAUCGAGUUCGGUCUCAGCCCGGGUGAAUGAAGGCAGUGGCCAUCAUCCGGAAGGUUCAAGCGUGAAGGAAAGUCGCCUUCCUCUGCAGGAAACUGCAGAGAAGAAUGUUUUGCAGGAAAAAACGAAUUCGCAGGAGAGACGAGAGGCAAAUUUCGGCGUACCAGAAGUCGUCAAGAAAGCGGUCUUGACCGAAACUGCAGAAACUAAAACAUCGCCGAAGAAAACUGCAGAGAAGAAAAUCAUUCAGCAGAAAACUAAGGAAGAGAAGAGGGGGCCUCAAGAAAAAUCAGAGGAAAACGACUCGAUGAGAAUCUUUUCGGAGAAGGUGAAUCUGUGGAGCUCCAAGGAGAAAACCAGUAGCCGAAAAACACCGGAGAGGACGGAGGGCGAAGCUAUUCCUCAGAUAGUUGAGAAGAAAGCUAUAUUUCAGGAGGUUGAAAGAAGAAUCGUCAAUGUGGAAACUGCAGAAAGAAACAUUGCUUCAAAAGAAAUCGUUGAAAACAUCACUCUUCGGGAAGCUAAGCAGUGUAACUCGGUUGAGAACGGAAGAACGGAGAGAGGGGAAGCAAAUUCUGCAGAAGCUAAGUCCCGGGAGAGUGGGAAUAGGAAGAAUCCUCAAGAAGAUGCAGAAACGCCAUGUUUGCAUAAGCCGGUUGAGGAAGAAGAAACUACCAUACACAUCUGCAGAGAGCGAACUAUCGGGACAAACUGCUCGCAAGACGGUAAAAACGGCAUGGAAGAGGGUGAGGAUAAGAAAAACGAGAAGAAUGAAUGCACGGAAAAUGGGGAAAAUCAAGAAUCGUCGACGGAAACCUGCCUGCCCCUUGAAUCCAUGGAAUCUGUAAAUAGUUGGGAUGAAAGUGGAACUGCGGAAGAUGAUGAAGAAGUCGAUGAUCAUGAGGAGGAACAAUACGCGGAUUAUGAUUCGUACAAUGUAUAUAGUACUUACGAUUGGAUUAAUGAGAUAUCGCGUCCUCGGAGUUACUGGGAAGAUCUACGGAAGCAGUGGUACCUCGAGGUCCUAAACACUGAUUCGCCGAAAGAAGAUAUCCGCAGGCUCAUCGAGAGACGAACAGUUUCCGACUUUCUCUCGAGCGAUUUGCGGGAAAAGAUCGACAGACUGAUGAUUUCCCGGGCGCAGCAGCAAACAUUAGAUUUAGACAGAAACCCAAGGGAAGAAGAACUUACAGAGCGGUGGACUAUUCCACGCUCGGAAAUCUACCAAGAUAACAGAGAAGAGAAGCAAGAAGAAAGUGUAACGGAGCAAGAACAUGACAAGACGACAAUUCAAGAAGCUGCAAGUGACAGUUUCAGCCAAUCGUCGGCUCGGAGUACGAUGAUGUUGUGGAGUUUCGGAGAACAAGAAGUAGGCGACGAUCAAGAUCCCGUCUCGUCCCCUUCUCUUCCCGCACCUUCGCCGUCUCACCGGUCCCAACUCUCGUCUUUCCUUCCAAGCCAUGGCAGUUCCCCUGAAAUGCAGAUGAUCAGUGAUCUCAAGAGCCAGAUGGAUCAACUUCAACGGGAGAUGAUCGAGUUACGAAGCUCGAUCAAAUCCUGCAUCGAUAUGCAGCUUCUUUUCCAGAAAUCCGUCAAGAAAGAUUCUUGUUCUGACGCAGAUCAGCGAGGAGACGCGACUAGUCCGCUGAAACGCAAGUGCAGCGUCUGCUACGAGAUGCCUGUGGACUCGCUCUUGUACAGGUGCGGGCAUAUGUGCACAUGUCUGAAAUGCGCGCAUGAACUGCAGUGGAACAGCAGGAAAUGCCCGAUUUGUAUGGCUCCGAUCGUCGAUGUCGUACGGGCAUUCCUUUGAUCCGUAGUUAGUUUCACUUGUACAUUAUUAAUUCGGCUUUUGACUCGUUUCACAAAAUACAAUAAUUAAUACGCCUUUUUUUCAUGCAUGCACCUGAAAAAUUGGAACUUUUUUUUUAAAUAUAUUAUUUUGUAUAUAAUACAUUGUACGGAUAGUUUUUCAGUCGAAUUGACUCCCAUCUGGAAUCAU